AUGCCAAAGGACCUCCCACUUAGAAAUAAUUCCGAUGAAGAAAUAUUAUUCGACAAAGGUUACAAACUACUGAAGAAAAUCGGCGAAGGUUCCUACGCCCCCGUUUACCUGACCGAAUACACGGGCUCGAAGAGCAGCGGCGAGGUGAAGAAGCUCGCCUGCAAAGUGAUCGAUUUGAAGAAGGCCCCCAAGGAUUUCGUCAAAAAAUUCCUGCCGCGCGAAUUGGACAUUCUAGCGCUGGUCAAUCACCCGCACAUCAUCCACAUCCAGAGCAUCUUCCAGCGGCGAUACAGGUACUAUGUGUUCAUGACGAUGGCGGAAAAAGGCGAUCUGUUGGACUAUCUCCUCACCAACGGCGCUUUGAACGAGAACCGCGCCCGCGUGUGGUUCAGACAGUUGUCGUUGGCUUUGCAAUACCUGCACGAAAUGGGCAUCGCCCACAGGGAUCUGAAGUGCGAAAACUGCCUGAUAUCCGCCAACAACAACAUGAAACUGGCCGAUUUCGGUUUCGCCCGGUUCGUUGUAAACGAAGACGGAAACAACAUCGCCAGCACCACCUAUUGCGGCUCGUUGAACUACGCCGCUCCGGAGGUGCUCAAAGGUCGCCCGUAUUUCCCGAAAAUAUCCGAUUGCUGGUCGAUGGGGGUCAUCCUGUACGCGAUGCUCAACAAAUCCAUGCCGUUCGAAGACAAAAACGUGAAAGAUCUCAUACAACAACAGAUGCGGAAGGCCUGGAGAUGGAGAUCCAAGUACUCCGAAACUCUCUCCGAUCAGGUUAAGAUGCUGGUCAUCGCCCUGCUCGAGCCGAACCUCAACCUGCGCUUCCAAAUCCACGACAUCAUCGAUUCCGAUUGGCUGAAGAUGGAUCCCAGGUUGAGGCAAUUGACGCCCGACGAAGAGAAAUGCCUGAUGAGAGGUAGAGAGGAGCUUUUGAACUACGUGGCUAAGCUCAAACGGUACGGUAAAGCUACAAUGGGAAGCUCCCUCAACGAAUCCUCCAAAAUCAAGCAACUGAAGUUGUCCCGUUCUGAUACUGGGAUGAAAGCUGGUGUUAACGAUUAA